GGGCAGGGCCGCGGAGGGAAGGACGGUGGCGGCAGAAAUGGGUUCCGAAAUAAACCCACGCAAUCAUCCUGCCUGCCCCGGUCCUGCCCGGCCUUCGUGGGGCGUGAGCCACCUACAGAGCUCACCGCUCCCUUAUGACUCGUGACAAAAGUCUAUUGUCCGGGGUGCGCCUAUCCCUCACGGGGGCGCAGCGGAACGGCCCGGCCGCUUCAUCCCCGCCAUAUGCUGCGCGGGGCGAGCGUUCAACGGAGGGCGGUGCGCUGCGUCCUGGGCUGGAAGAAGAGCGCACAGCAGCCCUGGGAUGGCGGGGCCGGGCAGUGCCGCCCUGUGCCGGGUACACCGGAUGGGAGAGCGUCCGCCGCCGGCUCCCUACGCGCUUGUCCGCCCCGCCCCUCGCCGCCGAGGACCCGGAAGCACUUUCCCUCGGCGGGGACAGCUCAGCAGCGAGUGUCGCGGUGGCAGCUCUGCUUCAGCCCUGGUCUCGGUGCCCGCCGUUCCCCGCCCGCUCUACGGCCGCCUCCAGGCCGCCGCCUCGCCGCCGCUGUCCUGCUGCUCCUUCGCCGCCGCUUCCUUCUCCUCAUGAAGCCCGUCGUCGUCUUCGUCCUCGGCGGGCCCGGUGCGGGCAAGGGGACGCAGUGCGCUCGUAUCGUGGAGAAGUAUGGCUACACACACCUGUCUGCUGGGGACCUCCUCCGAGAUGAGAGAAAAAGGCCAGGCUCCCAGUAUGGAGAACUCAUUGAGAACUACAUUAAGGAGGGAGAAAUUGUACCAGUUGAAAUAACAAUCAGCUUGCUGAAGAGGGCUAUGGAUCAAACAAUGGCUGACAAUUCCCAGAAGAACAAGUUCUUGAUUGAUGGGUUUCCCAGGAAUGAAGAUAAUCUUCAAGGCUGGAAUAAGACUAUGGAUGGAAAGGCAGAUGUUUCUUUUGUUCUCUUUUUUGAUUGUGACAAUGAGAUAUGUAUUGACCGUUGUCUUGAAAGAGGCAAGAGCAGUGGUAGGAGUGAUGAUAAUCGGGAGAGUCUGCAAAAGAGAAUUCACACAUAUCUGCAGUCUACCAGGCCUAUAAUAGAUUUGUAUGAGAGAAUGGGAAAAGUGAGAAAAGUGGAUGCCUCUAAAUCUGUGGAUGAAGUUUUUGAAAAAGUUGUACAAAUUUUUGACAAAGAAGGCUAAUCCCCAGCUUGAACAUUGAUUUAAACAUAUGCUUGAAUCUUGCUUGAAUAGCUGCUACUGCAGUCCACUCUUUGUAAUUGUUUUAAGAAAAUUUUAUUGGUUUUUUUUUCAUAUAUCUAAUGAUGAUUCAAAAAGCAGUUAACUACAAAUGGAUCUGUUUUUUAAAUAGGAAAUAAUUUCUUGUGGAUAUAGUGUACAAAUUUCAGGGUUCCCCAUAGUACAAAUUCAAUUACUUGCAUGGCAAAACCACAGUUAAUACAUCUUUCUGAUGAGAUUUAUUUAUUCUAUCACAGUUCUGUGCCUCUCAUGAGCAGCCCUUCUUAUUCCUUAUAGCUAUACACUUUUUUUUUUUAGAUUUUUUUUUUUUUUAAGGAUCAAUUAAACAGGAGCAUUAAGCAAUGAGGGACUUGUGUGCCCUUAUGUGGUUUUUGGAUGCUUGGACCAAAUUUAGCAGAUUUUUUUCAGCUUACAAUUUUGUCAGGAAGUUCCCUGCUCUCCCCAAACUUGAAUUCUGUAAGUCAGGCUACAGUUAGUAUGAGAAUGUAUCUUAGCAAUUCUAACAAAACUAUUUAAGAUGCUGUUCAGCAAUAGACAUACAAAGUAAUUUAUGGAAAGUGGUGCUUUCUUGUGGCUCUGGAUGUAAACUGUCUUUUAAGUUCUCAAGUACUUGGAUGACAUGGCCCUGGGCUUUACUGUGUCUUCAUUUGCAAAUGCUUAAGAACAGCAAUUGAAGGUCAGGUCCAUAUUUCCAUACUCAUUUAUUUUCAAUGGUAGUUAUGUAUCUUAAUUACAGAACUCCUAAGUAGUGUACAAUAAGCAAAAUCUUCUAACAGUUAUGUCUUUUCUAACAAGUGGAAGGGAUUUUCUGUGUUAUUAUUAUUAUUAUUAUUACUGAAGUACUGUGUUUACUUGAUGCUUUAAGGUUUGUUAUCUGGGGAAAUAUUUUUAUGGUUAAACUAGUGAAUUAAUUUCCCUAAAAGUGUAUGAUUUUAAUAGCUGUUUGUUUUGAAAGGACUGUAAAUUAUUGCACUUUUGUUACAAAGUGGUCAGCUGAGAGGAAGAUACCUGCAGAAAGAAGUUCCAUUCCCUUGAACAGUUUGGGUUCUGCUUCAUCACGUUCUCUUGAAUGAGCCAAGUGCAAUCAGCAGCAAUAGUUGGAAUAAGCAGAUAACUGUUAGCUGAAUGAUAACAUUAGCUGAAACAAACUGGCUUAAAUGUUUGCACAGAUGUGGUGUAAUUCUGCCUUUUGUUUAAAGUAACCUUUUCUCUCCCCUAUAUAGCGUGCAUAGGUCUGUGGGGCCCCAGCCAUGCAUUCCUUGCAUGCCCUCAGCUUUCACUGAAGAAGGCUCCAGAAGGCUUGAAGGAUGAGUGUUUUAACUCAUUUUAGUGAUAGAGGGGUUCUUCCUCCAUCAACUGAUACUGUAAUUGGUUUGUGGUGUGCUAAUAGGUGUUGCAAAUUACAGGGAAUUGCAAUGUGGAAAUCUUGGGAUUCAGCCUUUCUUUAUUUGGUUACUUUAUUUAGGAAAAGCUUGAAAUUAAGCCUGGCUUCUAAUUAGAAUCAGACUUAUGGGUCCUCAUCCUGCAAUCUGAUCUGUGCAGGCAAAUUUGGAUUUGCAUGAAUUCUCAUCUCCCUGAGCUUCCUGAGACUGUUGGACUGGGAAGAGAUGAGUGCAGAAAGAAAGGAUAAACUCCAGUAUCUUUUCCAGUAUGGUCAGAGUUCACACAAUGAACUGAGCACCAAAAUAUCUGUUUAGUACUGCAGAAUGUGUGGACCAUGACUACUCCUGUGAGUGUGGGAAGCUAAUGCUUUUGCUUUGUGAAUUUCCCCUUUAAAAAAAAAAUAACAAACCAUGGUAUUUAAUUCUUAUUGUGUAAGUAUGCUGACAUAGGAUAGGAUCCAGCAAAACUGCAUGUUUUGAUAUGAAGGUUAGAAUCAAGGUUUUUCCAAGAAGACUUCAAACAGGAUUCUUUAAUUAGAGAGAUCUAAUUAUAUUUUGUUUCUAAGUUACUGGUUUUUACAAGAUCUGUUCAGAAGAGAGUAUCUGCUUUCUCUCAUAAUAGACUUUUUUGUGUAUUUAAGUGCUGAAACAAAGAGAGAACCCCUUUGGAGCAAGUUUUUAGCAAAAACCCCAAUGUUUUGACAAUAUUGAAUUUGGAGUGGAUUGUAAUGUGUCUGUGCAAAGACUAGAUUUUUUUUGCUCAUUUUAUUUAUUGAAGAUGCCAUUAAAUGUGUUACCUAUUCUUUCAAGUUAGACUUAUGAUUGAAAUAAAGACUAAAGGCAAUACAC